AGAGACGAACAACCAUUCACACGCACACCUAGGGUUAAUUAAGAGUCUAUUAUUAUUAUUAUUACACUAUAUUAUAUUAAGUGGGAAAGAGAACAUGGACACAGAAAGUGAAUUUAUUUUGCAGCGGUUGCAAAACAGUUUUUAAGGGAAAAAUCACAGAGGAAUCACCAAAUAAUUUUCUGUCUUUUAUGAAGCUGUUGUUAGUGUGUUAGUGUGCUAAUCCUUUGUUGUUUAUUCUUUUUUUAUCGAGUAUUUUCAAGUGCAUGUGACAACCCAGAUGACCUAGAUGAUUAAUGUUCUUUGUAACGACAUGUGAAGGUGUUUCACACAUUUCAACUCAACAAUCCAGACAACCAUGCAUCCUUGAAUGUGUGACUGAGAGAAACCUGAAGAACUGCUCUGUCCAAAGAAGUCUCUUAACAAGCCAAGUGACAUUCUCACGGUUCAUACUGCUGCUCACACCUUAUGGUAGAAGCAGCAACAGUGUAUAACAGAGAGUCUUGUUAAACAGUAUCAUAAAUAUAUAUUUAUGUUCAUUGUUUCUUAUUUUGUCAUCAUGACUGAAGACAGGCUCAUCUUGAUGAAAAGGACUUCACCACUGUCUUUGGUUUUAAUCUCAGUCCUUUGCUCCUUCACACUCGGAUCUUCAGACUUUCACCUUAUUAAUCUUUCAAAGAGCUACGAAGAGGCAAAGACCUAUUGCAGAGAGAUGUUUGCAGAUUUAGCAACAAUUAACAACCGAGCAGAUAUGAGUAAUUUGAUCACUCUAGUUUCAUCUGCGACUGCCAGAGCUUGGAUAGGACUGGAGAUUGGAGACGUGUGGCUGUGGCACUGGUCUUUGUCUGAUCAAAACUUAGAUUUUUUCAACUGGAAGUCUGGAGAACCACAGGUAACGAAUGAAGAAGCCUGUGCAGCAAUGGAUCAACACGGCGAGUGGUUUGAAAGUGACUGCAGUACUAGAAGAAAUUUUGUUUGUCAUGGCAGCAGUGAUGCCACUGGUUACCUUUUUGUUGCUGAGACCAAAUCAUGGAGGGACGCCCAAAGUCAUUGCAGGGGCUUGCUAUCUGAUCUAGUUAGCAUUCAGUCGGCACAGGAGAAUAUGGCAUUGCGUAAUGUGGCUGCAUCACAAACUGUGUGGAUUGGCCUCUUCAAAGACCCCUGGAAAUGGUCGGAUGGGAGUAACUCUUCAUUCCGUUUUUGGAAACCUUCUCAACCCAAUUACGCUCAAGGUCAGGAUUGCACUGCUGCUAUAUUUAGAGAUGGUGGGAAGUGGAAUGAUCUGAACUGCAACAGCAAGCGCAACUUUGUUUGUAGCGGGGCAAUCAAACCAAUUCCAGCUACCACCACUCAACAGACUACACAGGAGACCAUCACAACAGAUCAGAUGUCAACAAAUCCGACAAGUCCAACCACAAGCGGUUCACCUCCAGGGGUCGUCGUAACCUUUCAUUUCACUGUGGCUACAACUACGGAGCAAUCGAACACUACUAACGUCUCCUCCACAGCAGCACCAACUACAGGUGUGCAGACAACCCCAAAUACCACAGGUUCUGAGUCACUCACCUCAAGCGCAGAGCUGAACAAUACGACAACAGAAAUGUCGACUGUGACAGCAGCACGGCCGCCACUGAUGACUAAUGUGAAUACCACCACAGAAAGUGUCUCUGCAUCAGUGACAGGGACGUUAGCCCAAAGCACUACGCAAUCCUCAACUCUGAUGUCCACCAGCCAAAGUUUGCAUGCAGAAACCCUGAUACUUAUCCAGGAAAACAAGACUUGGAUUGAAGCCAUGAGUUACUGCAGGGAGCACCAUAUUGACCUUGUCCACAUCACAGGCAAAGAUAUUCAGGACGAGGUGGCCCAUAAGGCAAAGAACGCCACAUCGCCCCAUGUUUGGAUGGGUCUACACUACACCUGCAGCUUUAAAUACUGGUUCUGGACAAAGUUCACAUCUAGCUGUUACCAGAACUGGCUAGAUGGACAUGGACCUGAAAGGGAAUAUGACUGCGGUGUCAGUGGCGCCGUUGAGGCCACUGGGAGGCAGCAGUGGGUCGGCUUGCCUGAGACAGAAAAACUGAAUUUUAUCUGCUCUGCAUGUGCUGUAUGAGUGAGGAGACGCCAGGGACACUUUAAACAGUGCUGAUGUAGAAGUUUGGAAUUGUAUGAAGGUGUAUGAAGAAGUAUACAUUUGUCUCUGUUUGGAUGGAUUUAACACUCAGAACCAUACAGACAAAUAUAACACCAAGCUAAUGGUAACUGUGAUGGACUUAUCAGGGUAGUUUUAACUAUAACCAACUAUGCUAGGACGUUAUACUUCUGCCAUUGUUCAAAUACACCUGCCCCCUCCAUUGUUGAGACGGAAUUUCAUUAAAUAUGAAAACAUUACGGCGUGUAGGCGUGCACAUUCACAGUCAUGGGCGGCAAGAGUGAUGUGAGAAAAUUGAUCUGCUCUUUGCUUUUCAUUUGGGGGUUGCUAUUUGCAUAUUGACCCCCCGGGUUGGGCCCCAAGCUUGUCUUUCUUAGACCACCGCGGCCAGUGUGGCCCCCAAUCCAGACUGCCUGCUGCCCUCACUGACCUGACCUUCACCAGCAUGGAGGACACAGCUCACAGACACUCACCUUCCUGUCUGCACCCCUGGCGUACACAGAGCAUCAUCAGAUCAUGGAUACGGGAUCGGACGGUACAUUAUUAUCGUUGAAGAUUGAAUAUAACUUAUCUGUUCUACAGCCUUUGAUGUCACUUGUACAUUAACUUUCUUAACUGUUGAUUCAGAGAGGCUGUCACUGGUGAAGAUUCAUCUGACUUUAUAUAUGUUCAUAUUGUUCCAAUACAACAUGACUUACAUUCACGUACCUAACUUUUAGAAAUAGAGUGUGCUCAUGAAAAAAAAGAAAAGGUUUGAAAAAUGGUAGGACACAGGAAAUAUGUUGCUUGAUACUGUAAGUUAUCAACUUCUAUCACUUAGGUGAUGUGCAACCACGAUUGCUCCCAGUAGAUCACAUAUGUAGAACUACUAUUGUAUCUUAUUUUUUUCUAUUUAUUUAAGGGUUACUUUCCUGUGUGAUGUGUGCACUCUCCCUUAAACUGUAUGUAUUCUGAAACAGUGCAAAUGACUCCACUGUGGGAUAAAUAAAGGACCUCCCCAUCGUAUCAUAUCAUAA